AGCCUGCUGCUCAAUGGGCUGCUAAGCUAAUGCUAACUAGCAGCGAGUCUCCCUUUGAGAUCAGUAUGGCAGCUAUACUUCCCAUCAGGGCGACCUGCGACAGCAACCCCGCCACCCCGGGAGCGCAGUCAGUCAAGGAGGAUGUCCUUGAAGAAGUGUCCAAUGAUGGAAGCCAGCCCCCCAAAAGACGGAGGAUGGGAUCUGGAGACAGUUCCCGGAGCUGUGACACUUCUAUCCAAGAGCUUGCGCCAACUUAUUUCCCAGCAGAAAAUUUGACAGAAUAUAAGUGGCCCCCAGAUGAUACUGGGGAAUACUACAUGCUGCAAGAACAGGUCAGCGAGUAUUUGGGAGUCACAUCCUUCAAGAGGAAGUAUCCUGAAAUGGAGAGAAGAGAUCUGUCCCAUAAAGAAAAACUCUACCUACGUGAACAAAAUGUUAUCACAGAGACACAGUGCACACUAGGUCUGACUGCUUUGCGGAGUGAUGAGGUGAUUGAUCUUAUGAUUAAAGAAUAUCCCACUAAGCACUCAGAAUACUCUGUAAUACUGCAAGAAAAGGAGCGUCAGAGAAUUGCUAAAGAGUACUCUCAAAUGCAGCAGCAAAAUCCUCAGAAAGUUGAGGCUGGCAAAGUUCCCGAAUACAUAAAGAAAGCUGCGAAAAAAGCUGCAGAGUUCAACAGUAACUUCAACCGUGAACGAAUGGAGGAGAGAAGAGCUUACUUUGACCUCCAGACACAUAUUAUUCAGGUCCCGCAGGGCAGGUUCAAAGUCCUGGCUCCAGAGCUGACCAGAACUGGCCCUUAUCCUGUGGCCCUCAUCCCGGGACAGUUCCAAGAGUUCUAUAAAAGGUACUCUCCCAAUGAGUUACGAUACCUGCCAUUAAACACUGCUUUGUUUGAGCCUCCUUUGGAUCCAGACCUUCCUGCCCUAGAUUCUGAGCCAGACUCCGAUGAUGCAGAAGAUGGCAAAGAUGAUAGAAGAAAACACUCAUCUGAUAGCUCAUCAGGCAACACUUCAGAUGUGGAGAGCCAAGAGGGAGGCGGACCAAGGUCUAAGACCAAAGAAAAGGCACAAGGCAAAGACAGCCAUCGACAUUCGUCCUCCCAUAAAGGAGGCUACAAGCCUAAGAGCAUUCCCAAUGCUAUAUGUGGCAUUUGCCAGAAGGGUAAAGAAGAGAACAAGAAGGGAAAACCUGAGGCACUCAUUCACUGCUCCCAAUGUGAUAACAGUGGUCACCCCUCCUGCUUGGACAUGAGUGAGGAGUUGGUGAGAGUGAUUCAGACCUACCACUGGCAGUGUAUGGAGUGUAAAACAUGCACUGUAUGCCAACAGCCCCACCAUGAGGAUGAAAUGAUGUUCUGUGACCAAUGUGAUCGUGGAUACCACACCUUCUGUGUUGGAAUGGACACUAUACCAACAGGUCUGUGGUUAUGCGAGGUUUGUGACAGAGACUUCACCACACCGAAGAAGAAAGGUGGAGUCAGAACACCAAAGAAGUCCAAAUCAGCUCAGAAGUGACAAAUGGCAAUGCUUAUGUUAGUCAUAAAGCUACAUCGGCCAGUUUUUAUUUUUGAAUAAGCUGAAUCAAAUCAAGUUUUCUACAUUGACUGAAUUUAUAAAGCCAUCAUGAAUUCUCAUAAACUUGUAGUCAGGGAUUGAUACAUGCACUGUUUUAGGCUCUGUUUUUAAUAUAGCCUACCACACUAUUUAUAAUAUGUUAAAGAUGAAUUAGGCAUUACUAUCAGGUUAAUUAAGGAAAUGUCAAUGUGUCUUAAU